AUGCAGCUCAAGGCAGACACCCACACUCAGAAAGUGGAGGGUUACAACCAGCCGCAGGAUGUCGUCUCAGGUCCUUGGUCGAACACAAGCAAUCAGGAGCCAACAUCAUCUCCACACGCUACGACUCAGUUUUACAGCAUUAGUGCAUCCGAGACCAGAAAGCUGCGAAGCGACGGUUCUAGCCCUAUCGUCGUCAAGGCUUGA